UGACGAUCGUCGACUGCAAUCGCGGUAAGCUUCUUCUCAUCGGCUCUCUAUGUAUCUACCUCUCUUCACUCUCAUUGACUCUCUCUCAGUACGAGCAAAGAAUUGGUCCAAAACCACCUCCAUUCCUACAUUUCAGGUUCACCCACAAACUCUAAUUCCGAGUCCAAUGACAAUCCUAAAACUGCCAAUUUCUGGGUUCGCAGCGAACAGAAUAACGAUCAUUUAAAUUUGCACUGCUCCAAUGCCAGCAACAAUAACAACAAUAGCAACAAUAAUCAUAGAAAAUUGAAAGUUUUUUUUAUCGUUCUUUGUCUCUUUUUCUGUCAAAUGGUCCUAUUGAAAUUCCUCAUCUGGGUGGUGUUUCUACCCUUGUCCAAAGAUGGAGAGGUUUUGAGGCUAAGGAAAAGAGCUUGAAUUCAAACAAUUCACCUUUUUGCAACAGCAGAAGCUAUUCUAGGUCGACUUUUACAGAAAAUAAUGCUUCAUCAUCAUUUGUUGAAGUGCCGCAAAGAAAUUCUGAUGCCUGUGAGUUUGUUGAUGGAAGAUAUGAAACUCCAACAUUGAAUGAGGACUCAUUUGUGAUUGGGAAUCUGAUAGGGCAGCUAUGAGCGGUCCACCUUCUUCCAGGAGCAGAGAUUUGGAUGCAAAAGAGAGCGAGAGGCUCAGGGUCGCAAAUAUCAUCAGGAGACUAUCGUCUUCUGUUGAAGAUAAUAAAGAUCACAAGCCACAAGGGGGUUCUAAAUGAAUCAUCAGCUGAACAUAGGUUUACUGGUGAAAUGAUAUAUUUCUUCAUUUCAAAAUGGGUUUGUCUUCAUGCAAGUUUAUCCGCUUGGCAUUGCAAUCACACCAUUGAAUCAACAUGGUGGCCUGGUAUACAUAUUUGA